UAUAUUUAUUUGCUGUGCAUCAAAUCACACCAAGUCAAGCUUCCCUCAACCCCUUUACAUAUAUAUAUUCUUUGGUCUCUCCCCACUCUCCAUUCGAUUGUCAUGAGUCUGGGCCCGAGACUCCUUGCUUUUGUCCUUUUUGUUUUCCAACGGCAGCAGGCAGCAUCAGGAGACUAAGACCCCGAGGUCCCAGAGCACUUGAGCUGGGUUUCUCCGAGUUGAGGAAGUCAAGGCGGCAGAUAUGGCAGGGAAUCGGUUGAGGGGGUUGAAGGGCUUAAGCGGAGCCGAACGAGGAGUUAAGCGGAUGCAUAAUACGGAAUAAUGUCUUGAAAACGAAAAGGGAAUGCUGUGCAUAUCGGUGGGAUUCCGAUGCUACUAAGAUACCCUUCAGCUUAAAAGGCUGUGCCAAACAUACGCAUGUGAUGCGGAUUAUUUUGGAUUAAUUUCACGUAAUUAAUAUUACAGUGAGAUGAGGGCUGUAUUGCAACUCUUUAUUGAUUUAAUUGAGGUAAUAAUAAAUUCAUAAAACGCGAAAGAACACGAAACAACUGUAAUGUAAAUAUCUGUCAAAAUCCCUCGCCUGUUCUGUCCAAAAUUCGUGCUUAGAAAUUUCUAUGAAUGGCUCUCGUCCAGAGUGACGAAAACGACUUCCACGCGCUUCGAGAGGCGCAACGGAUGGUGGACUCGUGCCAGGACUUUGCGGACCACUUGAUCGUGGCCGAGUUCCUACCCCAUUGUCGCGGCGUGGCCUACAUUAAUAUUCGCACCUUGGAGCAGGUCAUCUAUUGUGUGCAACUAAGUAGCGCUGGCUAUCGGAUCGUGUCCUAUGAGUUCGAUGAUGUGGCCGAUGAGGUGGCCAAUUGCGACACCGUCUAUGAGUCCGCCCAUCAAUUGCUGGCAGGGAUUAGUCCGCUGUAUGGGGAGAAAUAUGGCUUUGGACGAGAGCCGCUGGGGAAGCGAAAGGAGAAGCGGUCCUGAGGUGGGCGUGGCAUGUGAAGAAUUUGUCUGCUAAUUGCAAAUUGCCGCCCCAAAAAGUGAUAAUUAAGCGUUUUGCAGGUAAAUGACUUGAUUGCAAUAAUAAAGCCCGAAGCUGCGAGUUGGAUUCGGGGUCUGCCAUUUGAUUAAUUGCUGCCAAGUGAGCACAGACAGGGGGGAGAAGCUGGAGCAAGGAGCAGGGGCAGGGACAGAGGCAGAUUGCCAGUUGAUUGACUCAACUUGGCACUCUCCGGACCUUUUGUAGCGAAAAAAGUUAACAAGUUUUUGUGCCGUUCCACUUGACUGCCGCCGUCGAAGGAGGCGAAUGAAGAUGCAGACGGUUGGAGCUACAAGCUACAAGCUCCAACUCUCGAACACCCAACCAAACCAAUCCAAAGCCAACCCAGCCCAACUCAGUGCCUCUCCAGCCCCACUUGUAUUCCUCAUUUUGGCCGGGCACCAAGCCAACUAAGGUUUUUAUCUAGUUGAGUCCAUCUAGUCGCUUUUCCGUCCGUCCCACGGGUGUCUGCUGUGGACAAUUCACAGAUACAUACGCUGAAAACACACAGAUGAACAAACGCAGUUACAGGCAAACAUCAAUAAGAACGCUAGAAGUUCAAAUCAACAAAAACAAAAAUCAAGUGAAGAAAGUUAGCCGAACUAUAAUACUUUAGGCUUCUAUAAUGUAUGUCUCAUCCUGAAAUAUUUGUUACUUAGGCCGUAAAGUGACAGUUUGCUGUAUGUGAGCUUCACUGUGGUUGGGCGAACGCAUUUGCUUUGGCGUCCGUAUCGGCCAUGUCUAUCUGAGCUGGCUCUCCACUUGUCUAUGCUCGUAUAUUUGUCCAUUGAAGCAUGCAAUUGAUUGCUGCAACGGCAACGGCAGCAGCAGCAGCAGCAGCAUUAUCCCCAACCUCUGUGUUUUGCCCCCCUCCACUGCAACCUGCCCCUUCUCCGCCUCUGCGCUUUAAUUGCCUUUUCAUUGCAGCCCGUCGGCCUUUUGACUCAGUGGAUCCAGCCCCCCUUUUGGCUCAUCAGUGUGUGUGCGUGUGUGUGUGUGUAAUUUGUGGUUGUUGUUCUUUGUUAAUGCAUUACAUGAAUUUUAACAAGCUUUGCAUUCUGACUGACUAUCCCCCCUGCCCCCCUUUUGCCCCUUUCGUGUUUGUUUAUUGUAGCCGCAUCUCUGCGAAUGCAGACAUAAUUUAACCUUUGCCUGUCUCAGUCUAAUGCAUUUCAUUUUGCAAAUUUUCAAUCAAUGAGCAUUGCAAAUUGAAGGCGCAUUUUAGAUGGGCAACUUUCAGAAGAUCUUCCACUUAAAUUGGUUAAAGCACGAAAAUCUUGGUAAUAAACUAAGCUCGUUUAAAAAAACCCAUUUGGCAUCGUCAAACGAAAUUGGAUCAAAGC